UUCGUAGCAUUAGCAGCAUAUGAUCAACGAUUGAUGCAGCACGGGAAGAAUCACGAUAUCUUGUUUGCAGAUGUAUGGGAAGAUUUGUUCAUGUGUAAACAUACAUAUAAAUACGUAUUUCAGGUGCUACAGACCGCUGGAAUAUUUACAGUCGUUUGUGAUGAUACAAUCUCAGUCCAAAGCAAGUGCAAUCGACAGAGUAGUACAAAUACUUUUGAAAUUUUCUUUUGAAAUGAACUUAAUUUUUUUAGAUUAUCAUGGUUAUGCCAAACGAGGCAAGUAUCCCGAUGCUCCUCGCUAUGGCAUGCCUGGUCCCUACAGAACCGACUUUUGGGAGUCGUGGUUGUGGCAGAAUCUGACUAUACCUCCAUCAGGAAGGGCCGAGCUUGUAGUAACAGUGCCUCAUUCAACAACUUCUUGGUUCAUAACUGGGAUUUCAAUUCAUCCUAAAUAUGGUUUGGGUGUCGUCAAGAAACCGAUCACGUUCUCGACCGUUAAAAUAUUCUUCAUUUUGGAUCACUUGCCACACACGAUCAAACGGGGCGAGACGAUAUCGUUGCAUUUUACUCUAUUCAGUUCAAUGCAAGAAGAGUUUGAAGCCACUGUGACGUUGUUCAACACAAAGAAUCACUUUCGGUUCGUCGGUUCUUCUGCAGAAGAUGCGUAUGAAACGAAAAGUGUUUCUGUUCCUCCUAAUUCUGAAGCACCAGUUUCGUUCCUAGUAAAAGCAAUGAAGCUAGGAGAGUUAGAGAUCCGGGUAAAUGCUUCGAUCAUGCAAGGAGUAAUCUCCGAUAGCUUCAAAAAAAUCAUUAUAGUUCUUCCGGAAGACGUAAUGCUUCUGGGGUCAAAACGAAUACAAUUCGAUCGUGAUAGCCCAUCAAAUCAAUCGUUCGACAUUCCGCUUUUAAUGGACAAGAAAGCAAAGAAAGGAUCGGUACCAGUUGACUUAACCGUUUAUCUGGAUCAACCAUAUGUGAAGAAUCGAAACAAUGUUUAUAUGAGAGUUUGUUUCUCAGGAUUUGAUGAAUCGAUACUUUUAAAUUCAAAACGCAAAACUAAUAUCCAGAUAAAAUCCAUUCCAAAUCAUGUGCCGAAUGUACUUGUGAUAGUCACAGGUGCUAAGUUACGUUCUAAGAAAACAAAGAGCGCCAGUUCCGAGUCUGGAAUGUUUCAUAUCAACUGGCAAUACCGACUUAAUUUGAUCUACUUUAAGCCCCGUUUCGACCUACAAAUGACCAAGCUAGCGACUUCCACUGAGUGGAUGAAGAAGCUUCAUAUUUGCUGCAGCUUCAUACCGGAAGAUAAAGACGAUCAUUCAAAUGGAACGAUUAUAGAAGUGAGCAUCCCAAUCGGCUACGCGAUGGAAAACCAUACUGUUGUUGAGAAACCAACUAUCAAUCCCAUCCGUAAAAUCGAAAUACUACAUGAUGGAACAACGGUGAUCGUUUACUACAACCAUAUGGGUAACGAGACAAAUUGCUUUAGUGUAUUUGCAUACAGAAGGUAUAAAAACCGAGUCAGGCACCCUUCAUACAUUAUGGUGCAAGAUUCCUUUCGGCCAGAGUGGAAUGCCAUGAAUGUGUUCGAUUUCCAUUAGUGGGAAAUGAAAUCGUCUGCGCCGAUUGCAUACGAUUUCUGGUGAUAAAAUCGUUGUAAAUACAUUUAUCUUGAUUCAACAACUCCCA